AAUAUUAUUAAUUUUAAACAAUAACAAAAAAAUAAUGUCGUUGGCAAUCAUGCGUUAAUGAAUUUUAACUACUUUGAUUUUUCAUAUCUCUAGAAUCAAUUCUCGGUUCAACUUAAUUUUUUUUUUAAUAAUUGAUCCCUCAUUAUAAAGUAUCGUUAGUACACAAAUUAGUUCCAAAAUUGCGAAACCAAAAAGAGGUGAGAAAAAACUACUAAUUAACUAAACUCAAGUAAUAUUUGACUUUGAUUACUGAUUAAUUAAACAAUAAAAAAAUUUCUAGUUUAAUUAUUAAUUAUCUAAAUAAUCAUUAAAUAAAGCUGAAAAUAUUACUAAAAAUAUCGAUCACUGUUGGACAUUUUAUGUUUUAUUAACUUAAUGAGCAAUCAGUCAGAAUUGUAGUUAUGUUAUUGCACCAUAUAGAAUUGUAAAUGGUUCAUUGCAACAAAAUAAAAUCUCUUCUGUUAUACAGUGGUUUACCAGAGAAAAAUGCUUCCGCAUGUUCUCAGUAAUAUACCAAAUUUGGUGUGAUUACAGAGAAAGCAAGUGAAAGUUUUCUGGGUGGUAUUUAACGUUAGAGGAUGUAUUCGACUGAAAACACUUCUGAAUCGUCAAUCGGCUCGCGCGUCCAUCUCAAGUCGUACAUAUCAGUCAGUUUGAUUUUUUCCGCAUAUUGUAAUGUGUCCGAUUCAAUAGUGCCAGCGAAAUCCGAGUCUUGGUUUCGAGUGAAAGAUCGUCGGCAGAUAACAAUGUUCAUAAUGUAUACAAAGUGAAAUUUUCGCUGUUCUGUGCAAAACACGACGCGUAGAUUGUAUAGGUACGAAUUUGACAAUAGCUCGUGUAAAUAAAAGCAAGAUAAAAAUAUUUGUCCUGAAAAUAGAAAGAAAAAACGCGAGACAUUAUUUUAUCGAGAGACUUCUAUGUUUCGUACGAAAAAUCUUUCUCUAUGGUCAAGCAUUUACUAUAUUAUGUUUUAUCAGUUAAAUCGUUGAUUAUAAUAGUAUCGCUCAUGAUAUAAUAGUGUGGAGAAUUCUAUGUGCUUGUGUAACAUAAUAAUUUUUAUCUAAAAAUGUAAAAACAAAAAUGUGUGUGCCGUUACAUUUGCGAUACUGUAUUUCUCUGCAAAAUCACUUGCAAUUUAGGACUUUAAAAGAUGCUUAUGUGACAUUAAAUUCUCAAAAAGUUAUUUUAAUAAGUGCAAUAAAUUAAUAAGUGCAAAGUUUAAAUCAAGGUCUUUAUAAAAAAUAAUCCAAGUAGCAUAAAAUUUAUAGUAACAAAAUGAUACAGCUGUACAGUUACAUAAAUUGUUUGCGAUUUUCUAAGAAAUACAUAAACUUAAUUAUAUAUUAAAGACAAAUAAAGCUGCAGUCCAAUCGCCUUGCUUUACUUUUCAUUAUAAAAAAAAAUUAAUUAAAAUAAUUUGUUUUAAUUUAUCGUUACAGCGCGUCGCGUGCUCUUAAAAUUAAAAAAAUAUGGAUACAAGGGAAUUCGUAGAAUUUGCUAAGGCGACUAUAGACUAUGUUGCGGACUAUACCGAAACUUUGAGAAGUAGAAAUGUAUUACCGGAUGUAAAGCCAGGUUACCUUAGCAAGUUAUUGCCCAAAGAAGCGCCGCAAAACUCCGAGAAAUGGCAAGACAUACUCAAAGAUGUGGAACAAUAUAUUAUGCCAGGGAUAACACAUUGGAAUUCGCCACACUUUCACGCGUAUUUCCCAACGGCUAACUCUUAUCCAGCUAUCGUCGCUGAAAUUUUGAGCUGCGCUAUCGGAUGCAUCGGUUUUAGCUGGAUAACAUCUCCAGCUUGUACCGAACUCGAGGUCAUUACGUGCAAUUGGCUUGGUAAAUUGUUAGGCCUACCUAACGAGUUUUUGCAUUCGACCAAUGGAACAGGUGGAGGAGUCAUUCAGGGAUCUGCAAGUGAAUGUACAUUCAUAUGUCUAUUAGCUGCGAAAGAUCACACAACACGUCGAAUAAAACGUCUUCAUUCGGAGAUAGAUGAGGACCAUAUUAAAUCUAAAUUAGUCGCAUAUACCUCCAAUCAGUCCAAUUCUUCAGUGGAAAAGGCAGGGAUUUUAGGAUCAGUGCCAAUGAGAUUGCUACCAGUGGAUGAUAAGUGCUCUCUGCGUGGAGAAACUUUAAAGAAAGCGAUACAGGAAGAUUUGGAGAAAGGCCUUAUACCGUGUUACGUCGUCGCUACUUUAGGAACUACUGGCACCUGUGCUUUUGACAAUAUCGAUGAGAUAGGGCCAAUAUGCAAAGAAUAUAACAUAUGGUUGCACAUUGACGCUGCUUACGCAGGUGCAGCGUUUGUUUGUCCGGAAUUUCGUUACUUGAUGUCCGGCAUUCACUACGCGGAUUCUUUUAACGUAAACGCGCACAAAUGGUUACUUACAAAUUUCGAUGCUUCAGUAAUGUGGGUAAAAGAUUCGAGACGACUUGUACAAGCAUUCAAUGUUAACAGAAUAUACCUUGCUCACGAUAAGGAAGAACUUGUACCAGAUUAUAGAAAUUGGCAGAUAGCAUUAGGUCGACGUUUUCGUUCGUUAAAACUUUGGUUCGUUAUGCGUAUUUAUGGAGCGCAAGGACUUCAAGAGCACGUUAGACGUACUAUAAAACUGGCGCAGCUUUUUGAAAAAUACGUCAGAUCGGAUGAUAGGUUUGAAAUAGUCACCGAAGUCGUUAUGGGUCUAGUCUGUUUUCGUAUCAAAGGUGAUAACAGUUUGACAAAGGAACUUUUAGACCGUUUGCAGGCUAGAAGACAAAUUUAUCUUAUCGUCGGCACAUAUCAGCAGAAACUUGUCGCUAGGUUCGUCGUAUGCAGUCGAUUAUGUCGAGAAGAAGACAUCGCUUUCUCGUGGAAUGAAAUAAGUUGUCAAACGACAGAAAUUUUGCGAGAUAAAUUCCAUAACAAGACAAUCCAUAAUAUUAUAAAAUCGGCGGACGAUAUUGCGACAAGGAUAGAAAGUUUGAACUUAAAGACGAAAAAAAUUUCGCAGAAAAUAUCAUAGUUUUUCGUAUCUUUUAUCUUGAUCUUUCAUCUGUAAAAUUUCCAUGACAGAUUCUAAUUACGCUGCGUAUUGUUAUUUUUGUUGUCUUCAAUUUCUGAUAAAUUCUUAAUUGCAAAAUCUAAAUCAACAUAAUUCUUUAACGACAUAUAAGCAUUAAAUAUUAUUAUGUUAAUUAUUAUUGCUUUUUAUUGGCAAAUUUUUGUUAUGUUUGAUAUUUUAUUAUUCUGGUGUAUAUAGGUACCAUAGUAAGAGAGUAUAUGUAUAUUCAACAUAAGUAUCUGUGAAAUGUAAAAUAAAGAUUAGUUUUUAGCGCUUAUAUUGCUGCAUCAAUUUUUUAUAACGUUUUAAACAUUUAUGUACUGCACCACAUUUUUUACUUUUUAGUAUUUAAUACUCAUCUUUUUUUCUUAAUUAUUAUAGAUAUUAUGGGUCUCCUUAAUUUUUGAUACUUUUAUAAGUAUAGUAUAAAUAAUCACUAUAUCGCAUAAAUUCUUGAUAUUCUCGCAAACUUUGACCAGAUUGUUGAUCAUCAACAUUUGUUGUUCUUCUUCGCUACUGACUAUUGUAUCACUCCAUCUGUAUUUGCUUGCACAUUUUGAACACUACUCAUGUUCAGCGCAUUCUAUACAAACAUAUUAUAUAAAUUUUACUUAGAAUACUAAGUAUAAAUUAUAAAUAAUACAAACAUAAAUUAUUAAUUUAAAACAAUUUUUACUUUAAAUUGCACAUAAAAUGUCACGUUUAACCACAAUUGCAAUUAAUUACAGCAAUUGAUAAAGAGCGGUUUUUCCACUAGACCAACUAAUAAAAAAUUUUUAAUUAUCCAAUUAGCGAUGUAGAAAAUUGAGUCUCACGUAUAUUAUGGCUCUUGCACAAAAAUUGCGCUGCGUUCAGAAACAUCCAGAUAAUCAUUUUAUCCUUGUUGUCCAUCAAAUUUUAAAACAAGGAUAAAAACAAAUUAGUAUUGGCAGUAGUAUAUUCUGCUUUGUUCUUUCUGAUUAGCUUUUUGUUGUUCUGUUUUCUGCUUUUAUUUAGUAGACAGAUGUAAUAUUUCUUAUUUUUUGUGAUUAUAAUUAGUUGAGGGGGAAGGGGAAGAGAUUGUUUGGUCAAGUUUCAUAAAAUAAUCUUAUAUAAUUUAGGAAAUAAUAAUUUAGUUAAAAUUGAUGAAUAAAAAUUGGGCGUUUAGUUAGCAGACGUAAUACUGAAAAAAUUUUUUUUGUUUUAUAUAUUUCUUUAAUUCUUUUAAUGUCAAUCAAUUGGAAAUCAUUUGGGAUAGACGCGUCUACAAAAUUUUAAUAUUUGGAAAAUAAUUUUAUUGUAAUAAAAUAAAUUUAAGGAAAUCCUAAAGACAUCUGAUUUAUCGACAUUAUUUAAAUACACUAAUAUUUAAAUUAGCUUUACACAAAUGAUUCCCACAAAUGUAUUUCAAUAUAUUUAUGCCAAUCAUUUGUAAUCAAGUUCGUAAAUUAUUGUAAUCUAUUUAAAUAAAGUAAAUGGUAAUCACUACUUAUCUUUUUCGCUUUUCUUUCAUGUUUAAAAUAUUUAAAAUUGUAUUUUUAAAUGUGAAUUUUUCGCAAUUGUAAAAAUAAAUAUUUAUGUUAAGUUUUAAACAAUUCUAUAUUAAUUUAAAUUUCAAGUGACUUCCCUCUUCUUUCCUAACACAAAUUUCACGGAGUCUACUUUCGAAUUAAAGCAAUUAAAUUUGCAGGGCAUCUGUCGUGUAACUUCCCCUAGGGUAAAAAGUAAAAAGUGAAAAGUUUCACGUAAACUCGUGAUCAUGCAACUCAACAAAACGUAAAAAUAUGGAACUUUUUAUAUAAACGUUUCCAAAUCUAAUGGUAAUAUAACUAAUAGUUCUGUAAGUUGUUACUUUAAAAAAUUUACGUGAAAUAAAUAGAGUAAAUAGAGUAAAAAUGAAAAGUGAAAAGUAAAAAAUGAAAAUUAUUACAUGAAAUUACAUGAUGACUGAUGCCCUAAGUCAAAAUUUUUUGGGACCCUACGAAUGCUUGACCGCGGAAAAAGACUGGAGAUGCUAAAGUUGUCCUGUUUUACUGAUAAUUUUAUUUCUCACUAAUCUUUUAAUUGCACUUACAGAAUUAAAAAUUCUCCAGAAUUAAGAAGAUGCUAAACUGUCCGUCAAAUUUGAUCGAGGUCGAUAAUGUAGAGUCAUUUGUUUAUCCUUGUUUAUAAAAAUAUUUGCUUCAAAAUACAAAUUAUGUAGCUUAUACGUAUAAAUAAAUAACAUCUCUCACUUCAGAAUAGAUUGAAGAAUAAGACUAUAUUCGUCAAAUUACAAUUAAAAGCCGUAAAAAAGUUUUUUGUAUGAUCAAAUUUAUAAUACCAGAGAAGUGAAUACACGAAAAAAUGGUUAGUUGAACUUUUAUUUCUUUAUAUAUGAGAUAUAUAAACAAUAAAUUAUGAAAACAAUAAUUGUUAUCGUUUUAUUCACAAAUAUUUCGAUUAUUUCGAUUUUACGGUAUUAACCGUUAGAUCGAAAAAUAAUGAAUAAUCAUAUGUUUAAAAA